AUGGAGGAGAUCGCGGCGAACAUCCAGACUCAGCGCGAAUUCGUCACGUGCGGCGCGGACGAGAACAGGCACACCGCGGAGCACCAAUACUCGGGCGCGUAUGCCUCGAUGGGCAUCGACAACUCGUUCAGCAUGCAGUCGUUCCGCGAGAACUUCAAGAUGGAGAUCACGCACAUGGACGCGGAGAGAGUGGUGUUCGAGAUGCAGGGCAUCUCACCCGCAAUCGCCAACGCGUUCCGCCGCAUCCUCAUCGCCGAGGUUCCCACCAUGGCCAUCGAGAAGGUUUACAUGGUGAACAACACCAGCGUGAUCCAGGACGAGGUCUUUGCGCAUCGGCUCGGCUUGAUCCCCAUCCGCGCGGAUCCGCGCCUGUUCGAGUACAAGGCCGAAGGCGAGACGUACAACGAGCGAAACACCAUCGUGUUCAAGAUGAACGUCCGCUGCUACCGCGAGAAGACCGACGACGGCUCGAAGGGGCCGCUCAUGAACUCGUUCGUGUACACCAACGAGCUCGUGUGGCUGCCAAAGGGGAGCGAGCUCCCGCCCGACGAGGAAUCCAAGUUCACCGCUUUCACCCAGUCGCAGGCGGAGUAUCUGAAGGAGCGCAACGACGAGGCGGCGGCGGCGGCGGCGGCCGCGGGCGAGGAGGUGACUCCGCUGUACGGCGAUAACGAUCCAAACGAAAUCGCGACGGUUCACGACGAUAUCCUGCUGUGCAAGAUGGUCGCGGGGCAGGAGAUCGAGCUCGAGGCGCACUGCGUGAAGGGUCAGGGCAAGGAGCACGCCAAGUGGUCGCCGGUGGGCACCACCUGGUACAGGAUGGUGCCCAAGGUGGAGUUCAUCGACAAGGAUUACCUGGACGGCGAGGAUGCUGAUGUUUUCAUGAAGGAGUGCAACGACUUUGAUCCCAGUCACAACUGCUACGGAUGGUUCGAAAAGGAUGGGGGCAAGAAGGGCGAAAAAUGCGUGAAGGUUGUGAACGAGCGGGGAUGCGACUACUGCCUGGAGCGCGUGAGGACGCUGUGCGGCGAGCCCGGGUGGGACGAGAAGGUGAGGGUGCUGAAGAGCAAGAGCCACUUCAUCUUCACCGUCGAGACCGCUGGGCAGCUGCCACCGGACGUCCUCUUCAAGGAAGCCGUCAAGGUCCUCGCCUCGAAAUGCCAGAGCGUGCUCUCCACGCUGUGA